AUGCGCCCGUUGUUCACGGCCGCCUGGGCCUGCCUGCUCGCCCGGGCAAGCUGCUCCUGGGUCUUCGCGUCGGGCCUGGAAGACGGCGACUACACGGUGACGCUCCCCUGGGACAGCUCGGCCUCGGCAGCAGCCGUGGUGACGAAGCGAGGCAGCCUCCCCCCUCCGCCCGGAGACAUAGACAUGUUCACCGACCCCGAGCCCCCGCUGCCGCCCCUCCGCAACUCGUCAUACCCCGACCAUAUCCCCCUCCCCAAGAGCAAGUACUUUUGCCGCUACGACACGUUCCCCUUUGCGCCGCGGGCGUACCUCGAGGCGCGCCAGCACUUCCAGGCCUACUGCGAGAUGUACUUGGUCCCGGACCGCACCAUCCACAUCUCGGUCGCGCGCAACGGCUCCCUCGGCAUCUUCGCCUGCAACCUCGCCGAGAACCCGCAGCCGUGCUCGGAGCGCGAGUACAAGUGGGCCGAGGACAAGAUUCUCGACCCGCACUGCGGCGACCUCGUCUCGGGCCAGGUCGAGAUGCAGCGCUGGCUGAAGUGGUAUGGCCGCGCCUAUCCCGGCGACAUGCUCUGUCCGCCGCAGAUUAAACAGCCCUUGGUUCACCUCAAGAAGCAGGUCUGGGAGGGCAUGCCAAAGUUCAUCCCCAGGCCUCCCGUCGUUCACGAUAAGCCUGUCGUGGAAAACCCUGUCGUUGACAAGCCUGCCGGCGAUGGACCUGCCGACGGCGACUUUCCCAGCGACGACUUUCCCAGCGAUGACUUUCCCGACGACCAUGGGCCCGGGCCUUAG